CCUGCUCCCAGUGCGCUUUCCCACGGCUCACAUGAUCUGUGUGUAUUUUCUCCUGUCCAUAUAUAGGAGCAAUCUGGGAAUGACAGCCGAGGUCCUGUAGGAAAGCAAGCGUGAAGUAUAACUAAAGCGGCGUGCACUCUGAAAGAACUCCUGACACUCCACCGCUAAGCCAGUAAGAGGGGACCUUCACAAAAGACAUCUAGAAUUCCUUUGCUUUGAAAAUGAACGGGCCAGUGGAUGGGCUAUACGACACAGAGCAUGAUGAUGGGGCUUUCAUGUUCACUUCAGAGUCAGUCGGGGAGGGACAUCCUGACAAAAUUUGCGACCAGAUCAGUGAUGCAGUGUUGGACGCUCAUUUGAAACAAGAUCCUGAUGCGAAGGUGGCAUGUGAGACAGUGUGCAAAACAGGAAUGGUCCUUCUAUGUGGAGAGAUUACAUCCCGUGCUGUUGUGGAUUACCAGAAAGUAGUGAGAGAUGCCAUUCGCAAAAUUGGCUAUGACGAUUCAGCAAAAGGCUUUGAUUACAAGACUUGCAAUGUGCUCGUAGCUCUGGAACAGCAGUCUCCAGAUAUUGCACAAGGUGUCCACCUGGACAGGAAUGAAGAGAACAUUGGUGCUGGAGAUCAGGGCUUGAUGUUUGGCUAUGCCACUGAUGAGACAGAAGAAUGUAUGCCGCUAACGAUCAUUCUAGCACACAAGCUUAACUCAAAAAUGGCUGAACUGAGACGCAAUGGCACCCUUCCUUGGCUCCGUCCUGACUCCAAGACUCAGGUAACAGUUCAAUAUGUUCAAGACAAGGGAGCGGUGAUACCAAAACGAGUCCACACAGUAGUCAUCUCUGCACAGCAUGAUGAUGGAAUAAAGCUGCAGGACAUGCAGAAUGCUCUGAGAGAGCAAGUGAUUAAAGCAGUGAUUCCUGCCAAAUAUCUGGACGAGAAAACAAUCUACCAUCUCCAACCAAGUGGACGCUUUGUCAUUGGGGGACCUCAGGGAGAUGCUGGUGUAACUGGAAGGAAGAUCAUUGUGGAUACGUAUGGAGGCUGGGGUGCCCAUGGAGGUGGCGCCUUCUCAGGGAAGGAUUACACCAAGGUGGACCGGUCUGCUGCAUAUGCAGCUCGCUGGGUGGCAAAAUCAUUGGUUAAAGCAAAACUGUGCAGAAGGGUCCUAGUUCAAGUCUCCUAUGCUAUUGGAGUUUCACAUCCUCUGUCGAUAUCAAUGUUCACUUAUGGAUCCUCAGAAAAAACAGAAAAAGAACUGUUGGACAUUGUACACAAAAACUUUGACCUCCGACCCGGGGUCAUUGUCAGGGACCUGGAACUGAAGCAACCAAUCUACCAAAGCACAGCAUGUUAUGGACAUUUUGGCAGAGAUGAUUUUCCUUGGGAGAAACCUAAAAAUCUUAAACUCUAAGAUGUUAAUUUUUUGCAACUGAAAGAGAUACUUUAGUUGUUAACAAUACCUUCAGAAAGGCAAGUUUGAGUGGUGGUAAAAAAAUUAGUUACAGAAAGUGAUUAGUGAUAAAAAGUAGAAGAUUAUGGUAUAUAUACUGCUUAAUCAUUUUUAAUGCAUCUUUCAAGAUUUUUUAUGACAAUGUGAACAAGUCUUACAGAACAAGGUUUUCUAUAAUCCUGUGAAGAUGUCUGGAGAAUCAAUCAGGCUUCCCACGUUACAUUUCAUAAUGAGUGCUCUCACAUUAAGCUUUAUGAUUCAAUCAAUACUGUGAAAUGAAGAACUGUUUCUAUUUUUUCUUAUAUUGUCUAAAUUAAUUUUUUUAUUAUCUACGAAACGUCCAGCAGGAAUAAUUUGCUUGACUGUGCCAAGCACAAUACAAAUCGUUCAAUGGUGCUGCUCUUCUCGUUGACAGAUAUUUAAUCUUUUGUAAAUAAAAAAUAACCAAAAACCAAAUGCAAUAUUUGUUUCAAUAAUAUGCUAGUUUUCCUCAACAAUACAUCAAAAAGUAAUUGCUGCUAUUAUACAUAAAUAAACUGUAAGGUUAUAGGAAUAUAUAAUACUGAAAAAGAGGAGGGUGGAUUCAUUUAGAAAUUCAGUGUUUGGAAACUUCCUGCACCUUUAAUCCACCUUUAAAAUGCAAUCACAAAGAAAAUAAGGCCACUAUUAAAGAAAUACUCAGACAGAAGGCAGGUUUGAUUGUCUUUAACAAUGUUUAAAGGGCUAAAGUAACAACUGGAAUUUUAGAAAAUGAAAUUUUGCUACUGAUAAAAAAGAGAUGGAUGUUUAUCAUUUUCUUUGUGUUGCCGGCUUUGAAAUACUGAUGUUAGUAUCAAGUCCUUAUUUAUAGAUGAAUGGCUCAUCACCGAGGCAUGAAUCAUAAAGCAGGGAAAAACCUAAAUGUUAAUAAAAGAUUGUAUUUCUACAAUAUGUCUGACAAAUUCUUAUAAACAUUAACUUUAUUUACAUACACCAGAUCAUGACUAGGACUACUGGACAUGAAUUAUGUGAAGAAGGAAUUUGUUCUUGGUGAUCAAGUAGCAACAAAUGUGAUUGCAAAUAUUUAUGUUUUUGAUUUGUUAUCCAAAGAUAUUGUUAUGUAUAAUGGUAAUGUACUGCUGCCUUUGUUUGUACAUUUUUUAUCAGUACUACUCAUCAACACCACUGUCAUGUUUUAUUUUGUAUUAAAAAUGUAAUUAUUUAACAGAUAAAGGACCAUACCUUACUACCAAUUAAUAAAGAUGGCAUCAAUCAAGCAGAUGGCAAAUUAA